UACAACUAGAUGGCGACAGUAAUUCAUUGGUGCGUAUACAGGAUUUACAGAACUUUGUGGAAUAGGUUAUAUUGCACACUAAAGUUAUGGCGGCCGGUCCAAUAGCUGAGAGAAAUCAAGAUGCAACUAUAUAUGUGGGUGGCUUGGACGACAAAGUUACUGAAUCCCUUAUGUGGGAAUUAUUUGUUCAAUCAGGGCCUGUCGUAAAUGUGCAUAUGCCAAAGGACAGAGUAACACAAAUGCAUCAAGGCUAUGGCUUUGUAGAGUUUAUGGGUGAAGAAGAUGCAGACUAUGCAAUUAAAAUAAUGAAUAUGAUUAAACUCUAUGGGAAACCAAUUAGAGUAAAUAAAGCAAGUGCUCAUCAGAAAAAUCUUGAUGUUGGUGCUAAUAUAUUCAUUGGAAAUCUGGAUCCUGAAGUAGAUGAGAAAUUACUGUAUGAUACAUUCAGUGCAUUUGGUGUCAUCCUUCAAACACCUAAGAUAAUGCGUGAUCCAGAAACAGGAAAUUCAAAGGGUUUUGCUUUUAUAAACUUUGCAUCAUUCGACGCCUCAGACGCAAGUAUCGAAGCCAUGAACGGACAAUACUUAUGUAAUCGUCCCAUAUCUGUAUCAUAUGCAUUUAAACGAGACGCCAAAGGCGAGCGUCAUGGCAGUGCGGCAGAGCGUCUUCUGGCCGCUCAAAAUCCACUGAGCCAAGCUGACAGACCCCAUCAACUAUUUGCGGAUGCACCGCCUCUUGCACCACCACCAAUUCCAAAUUCAAACGCAUCCCAUCAGCAGACACAUCAUCCACAGCAUCACGUAAUGCAUCAUGGAAUGGUGGUACCUCCACCUCCACCACCUUCAACACCCAUCUCUUCGAUGGGACAUCCACCACCGCCACCAGUACCACCACCUCCAUCAGGAGGAUUCGCGCCAUCGAAUAUUCCACCUCCUCCUCUGCCUCCAAUGUCUAUGGCAGCUCAUCCGCCAUUACCACCAGGAAUGCCACCACCGCUACCUCCUAUGCCGGUGCCAACAUCUCAAGCUCAACAAACUACUCCAAGAAUGAUGCCACCUCCGCCGCCACAUUGGAGUAUCGGUGGCCCACAACAGGGUCAGUUCCCACCACCACCGCCACCUUCCCAGUCCGGAAAUCCUCAAUUCGGGCAAUUUCAACCUCCACCACCAAGACCGCCGCCAGGAUGGCGACAUCCACCACCUCCACCGGUAUCACAAGGUGGACAACUACCUCCACCGCCACCCCAAUUUCGACCUCCGUUUCCUCCUAGAGGGCCACCUCCACCUCCACCUCCUCAUGACGCUACCCAAUACCAAGGUUAAGACAAUCAUUAUUGAGUAUAAAUUUCUGUACGAGGAACGUGUAAAAUUUUCAUAAAACAUAAUCAAGACCCACAUAUUUUAAUGGAAAAUAAAAUUAAAGAGGUCAAGACUCA